CUCUGUCCAUUUCCGAAAUAUCAAUUCGGUCUACUAUUGAUUUGAAACCUGUUGGAAGCAUUCGGCGUUGGGAUGAGGUCGACUUCGAGACUCGCCGUGCCGCCGUACGUCAAGGUCGCUGUAGCCACGACCCUUGUUGCCGUCGGAGGUCUUGUUGUGACGCACAUUGACACGGUCCCCCAAACUGGACGAAAGCGCUUGAUGUUUCUCAACCCCGUGAUGGAGCGUGAACUGGGGGAGCAAACGUUCAAAGCGGUCUUGGCUGAACAUGGCGGGCGCAUCUUACCGCGAACCCAUCCCGUAGCGAUGUGUUUGUUCCGUCGCAAUCUGCAUGCUACCAACGUCACAUGCAUGUAGAAGGCAAAAAUGGUGGACUACGUGGGUCGGCGCAUCGCUCUCGCUGCCAAGCAGGACGACUUCAAGUGGGAAUUCGUCGUGAUAGAUUCCCCCGAGGCGAAUGCGUUUUGCAUUCCCGGCGGCAAAGUCUGCGUCUUCACGGGCAUUUUCAAGACCCUGCGCAACGAAGACAGCCUAGCGUCUGUGAUGGGCCACGAAAUCGCCCAUGCCAUUGCUCGUUUGUCCUCCCUUGACGUGAUGAGAGUUUUUCUAACUGAGGUACCAGGACAUAGCGCCGAGCAAAUGUCCAUUAGCGCGGCGCUCUUUCCCUUUCUUCUCCUUCUUCCCCCCGAGACCUUCCAUCUCGCUCGAUUGGCGUUCAAUUUGGGGGUGAAUCUCCCAUUCUCACGCAAACACGAGCUAGAAGCAGAUGCCAUUGGACUCGAUCUGAUGGCGAAGGCAUGCUUCGACCCGCGCGCGAGUCCUCAGAUGUUUGAGGACUGGGAGAAGCAGCACUUGGGCAGCUCCCUCACGUACUUCUCGACCCACCCACCCAAUGCUGAACGCUACACCCGGUUGAGGGAGAGGAUGAAGGAGCCGCUGGCAUACUACAAGCAGUACUGCGUCGACCGGCAGAGCCAUUUCCGUCGGCACAUUUAAAGCAACAGACCAACUAUCGCCAACGACUGCUUCCUACCGCCAGCACCGUGUCGGCAGCGGCCGCGCUGCCGUCGACCUCCCAGUUGGAUGGCAAUUCAAUCUUGAUAUUUUCCAUUGUGGAGGAAUUUUGAAAUAUUUGAAUCAACCUCAUAGAACCGAGACAUCGAAUUGCAUCGUUUCGACCAUGC